AUGUCGGCAUCCCCUCCAAAAGAACCGGAUGUUGAACAAGGAGUACAAUCGCCUGGCAACGGAGAAGGACCUAUGGAUUCUCAAGACCCACACGCCUCUGGACUGGGCUACGAGUUCGAAGUGAAAGAGCAGGACCGAUGGCUGCCAAUAGCAAAUGUUGCUCGAAUCAUGAAGACGGCACUACCGGAAAACGCAAAGAUUGCAAAGGAAGCCAAAGAAUGCAUGCAAGAAUGCGUCAGCGAGUUCAUUAGCUUCAUCACAAGCGAAGCUUCUGAGAAAUGCCACCAAGAAAAGAGGAAAACUGUUAACGGAGAGGAUAUCCUUUUUGCCAUGACCUCAUUGGGCUUCGAGAAUUACGCUGAGGCCUUGAAGAUCUAUUUGGCAAAAUACCGCGAAACACAAUCGGCUAGAGGGGAGAGCCAGCAAAAUCGCCCAAGCAGCCAAGGCUUCGGGUCAGCUGCCGCAGUUGGGUCAUCAGCCGGCGUGAACGCAGCAGGAGGAACCUUCAACAGCACCGAGGGGUCAAACAAUAUCCUUGGAGGCCAGCAAGCAGAAUCUGGGGAACAUGACCCGAGCGGCUUUGGAGGCUUGUACAGCACCGGCAUGCAAGGCGGACACAAUGGAUCUGUUGGAGGAGACGGAUACUAA